GACUUUUUUAUGCCCAAACCAAAAAGCUUACUUUUAGUUAAUUGGGAUUUUUGUAAUUGACCGACACAGAGUAGUUUCUUUUUUGGGUCAAUCUUUCCUAAAAAUUAGUCUUACUAUGGUAGAAAAGUAAGAAGGAAAUCUCCAUUCUGUUUUUUUUUUAACGGUAACCGGGCUUUAUUGUUUUGGAAUCAGGUGAAUAAAAUUAUACUCAUGAUUUAUUUAAGCCCUCACAGGGCCGGGCUGACCUCUGCUCUAAUUUCUCUGUUGCUGGGUUAACAGUUUACAGUAACUCCAACCUGAAACCUCAGUCAUCUGCGUCACUCUGGCUGAUAACGGGCCUUAUUGCUGCCGUAAAACAUCCCUCCUCUGCAUGGCCUCGGCGUGACUCCACUGUCCGCUUACAGGAAGCUGACGGGAUUUGAAGGAAUAAAGUUUCCCUCUCCACCUCCGAGGCCAUAAAUCGGUCCAAAGAUCAGGUUCUGAGGAAACAAAAAGAUUGGACUGGCAGAGCUUUCUGUCCACUUCUCUCAACCAUCAGAGCUGCAGCAACGCUCCAACAACACAAGAGCCAUGAACAAGGACGAAGGCACUCAGCUAAAAACGAUCCUAAAGCGUAACAAACGCGUGAACCUGCUGCUGAACGAUGAGGACGGCAGCACCACCCAGAGCAGCUCCAUCGGGGCCGUUCGCUGGAAGCUCCCUGAUGAGACUGUCCAGCCUCACAGCUCGGCUCCCACCAUUCACGCCAACUCAAACACCAACAGAAGGAACUCACAGCAACACGCUCGCCAGGGGAACCUGAAGGACCUGCGCAGCCUGCAGGAGUGUGUCCAGUUCAUCCACCACUGGAAGGAGCAAGUGGACCAAGUGUGCAAGCAGGGCGCCUCGGAUCCAGGGGAGGGAACCAGCAAGGCAGAGGCCCAGAGCUCAGACCGGCGCACCGAGCGCAGCCUGGAGGAGAGCCGAAAGCUGAUCCUGGAGUGGGCCGAUGAGCUCCGCCAUGUCGACGAGCUUCUGAAGCAGACCCCGUGGGAAUCUGACAAUCAAAAGAAAGCGCAUAAAAAGGAGCCCAAAGAGGAGGGGCAGUUUAAGAUCAUGGAGUGGGCAAAGGAGCUGCAGAAGGCGAUUGAGAGCUGCGGCGUGCCGAGCGAGGAGCUGGGCAAAGUGCUGCGCCUGCUGGGCAUCAAGAAGAAACGCCUGUACAAGAUGCUGCCUCUGCUGGAGUUCAUCACCUGGUCUCUGCUCAGGGAAGACAACACGACAACAGUGUCCCAGAUCUGGUUGCUGGCGAAGCAAAGGACCUGGAAAGCAGGCAUACCCAGAUACAUCCCAAACUCAGUGUGGGACUGGAUCAGCAGCGCAGCAGCUGACGUGAUUCUGGACCCCACCACAAACCACCCGUGGCUUCAGCUUUCAGACGACCAGCGCAGGGUCCAGGAGGGCAUCGCCGAGUCGGACCUUCCCGACAGCUCCCAGCGCUAUGACAGCUGGCCCUGCGUGCUGGGCUGGGAGGGCUACGGCGGCGGCCGCCACUACUGGGAGGUGGACAUCGCCAACAAGGGCUACUGGCGAGUGGGGCUGACCACGGCCACCUCCAAGCGCAAAGGGAACUUCCCCAUGACCCCCAAGCAGGGCUACUGGGUUCUGUGGAGAAGCACCCACUGCUUCUACGCCUGCACCAAGCCGGAGACGCAGCUGCCCGUCGCCCUCAUCCCCCGGCGCAUCGGGGUGUACUUGGACUACGAGGAGGGCCAGAUCUCCUUCUACAACGCAGAAACCAGAUCCCACAUCUACACGUUCACAGGGAACUUCAGGGGGAAGCUGUACCCUCUGUUCGCGCCCAUGGACGGCCGCACACUCAUGACCAUCAUCGCGCCGAAGAAAACCUCUCCAGUCCCGGCGCCGAGCGCAGAUGAGAGCGGGACGGUGGAGUCGGAGGACAGUACCCAGCUUUAAAAGAAACCCAAAGCGACUCCCGUCGAAAGCGUUGAACGUUUUCCAAAAAGUACUGACUUAUCGUGAAUUUCCUGUGGCCGACGGCGCCUGAAUGCAGCAUGAGAUCACGCUGCUUUAUCUAUCCCGCACAAGCAAGGGUCCGUCUCUGCAAUUAUAAGGCGAGAAAUUAGGGAGCAGAGAAGCUUAAAAACGGGGCAGACGAUGAUCAGGAUUAAUUUAUUAAGAAUAAAUGAGCAUGAGAAGCUCCAGGAUUAGUCUGAGAAAGGCAGAAAUAUCCAAAAAAAAUUACAAGUCAACCUUAAAAAUUUCAUGAUCUGCCAAGAUACUAUAGAAAAACGAAUAAAAGUUGAAAACGUAUGUUGAACUUUUAUUUAAAAAAAUACUUUUAUACAACCUAAAUUGUUUACCUUUAAAAAAAUAUUAUCGACUCCAAUUUCAGAUGAAGCUUAUUCUGCUGCAGGUUAAAAGACACUAAUUAUGAAAUCUUGCAUUUAUUCUCACAGCCUUAUGAGUUAAAUAUGCCUUCAUUAAAGACAAAAAAACAAAAAAAAGUAUUUCUUUCCCCUGCGGCCGGCUCAUAGGCACAAGAAAUGGUAAAAGGCCUGCACUCGCACAGUUUAGCGCUUUAUCAAGUCCUGAGGAGCCGAAGUGCAGAAGAAGAGAGAAUGUGUUCCUCUGCUUGGCGUGGCGAGAACCAGAACGUGUUCUUCCUGAGCAGAACGUUUCAAACUUCACAAGAACUCAUAGGGUUCUCUCAGGUUCCUCCAGCAAAAAAAAAAAAUAGAAACCACACCAAUUUCCCAUUUCUGACCAAUCGCUCAAUAGUUGUCAGACGGCAAGUUAAAAAAAAAAGUUCUGCAGAAGGUGGAAGAACCCCCAAACCGGGUCGGCAGGGACUAAAAGGGUUCUGGGAGGGGGAACACAUUUUUCUGUUCUUUCAGAGUGCGUGAUGGCCUUAAUCUCUGGAGGGUAAAAAAAAAAAAAGAUGAGAAUGUAUCUCUGGCCUGUAGUUGAUGCCAUCCGUGUGCUAAUAGGCUAAUAGGCUAAUAGAUACAUAGAAAAGCUUUCUAGAGAAGCGUGGAUUAAACUGUCAGGUAAAGAGCAAAAGCACUGCAGGGAUUAUGGGUCGGGGCACAUUCAGGUGUCCAAAUAGAAAUAGAGCCACUAAACAGACCUGAAGUCUGCUGUAGUCGACCUCGUUUUGACUCUCUGCGAUAAACGUGAAAGACGUGAAAGACAGCGUAAAUAAAUAAAAAAAAGAGAGAAGAUGAUCUGAGCUCAAUGAAAUCUGCAGGAGCCAAAGAAGAAGACGCUAUAUAAAAAAACUUCUCUGAUUGUUUGUUUUCCAUAAAUGUUACUUCAAUGUUACGUCUAAUUUGUGUUGUAAAGCAAAUAAAAAGUUUUUGGGUUUUUUUUUUUGAAGUGCUGAUGAAAAUGUUUAGAAAGAUGAUGUCUGUAUUCAAUCACAGCAUUGUGAAUGCUUUAGUCUUGAUGUUAGAAACAGAAAUUCCUAUAGGAGCUUUAAAGAAACAACAUGUAACUAUACUUUUUACAUGCAUGCACUUUGGACUGCACUUUCAGAACAAACUGUUCUUAUAAUUAAAUUGAUGUCGUUGGAAAGUCUGCAUCCCCCCCAGCAAAUAUUUACCCAUUAAGCUGCACCAAUAAAGUAUUUCUUUCACUUUAGCAUUCUGUAGAGCUGAUCUUUUCUGAACAUAUAAAACUGCAGGGCUCCUCCAGCCUGUGGUCAGUUACUAAAGUAUGGAUAAGGGGGGGG